AUGGAACGCAGCGAAGAGGAACAAGUAGAGCGUAAAAUUAGUAAGUGCAUCGACGCCAACGAUUGGAGAAAAGUGAUCAACCUAGGUCAGGAACUGUCGGUGGAUACGCGGGUCAAAUAUUUGUGGGCAUGGCCACUGAGUGAAGAUCUGAAAACAAUCGGCGCUUGCCUGGCAGAGCACAACAUCAGCCGUGUAAUCAGCGUAGGCUGUGGAACUGGUUUACUCGAGUGGCUAAUCACCGCUGGAACGGGAAUUCUCGUGGCAGGCGUCGAACAGGACGAAAACUGGUGGCGAUCCAAGUAUGCCACAAAAACGUACAUUCCUAUGGUGUUUGCAGAAAGUAAAGGUGUGAAUUCAAUCAACGACGAGAACGCGCCAUGGCAUGCUAUGAUGUUUUGUUAUUUCAAUCAUGGAGCAGCGUUUUGCGAUUAUGUCAAUAACUUUACAGGACGUCAUGUGAUCAUUGUUGGACCAGAAGGUGGUAAAAGCGUUCAUACCGAUCCAAUGCCAUUCCAGCCGUCUUUCCCAACCCACCAGAAUUGGAAACUUCUUCAGUCAUUUCACAUUGGCAGUGAAAACUUGAACCAUUUUGUGAUUUAUCAACGGCAAUAAAACAACUCGAUCAUAAUCGUUACUAGUGUAUUACUUAUUUUAUUUUUUUAUUUAAAUUUAAACGAUAAAGUACAGAAACAAGAUGUUUUGUUCUCAGCGGUCUGAAGCACCACUCAAAACAAGUAUGUCCUCGUGGAAACAUAUGAUCCACCAUUUUUCGAGCUAUUCAACAAUUUUACCCUCAGACAACCGGCAAGGACAGCUUCGCCGAUGGCACCCAAGGGUCUCUCUACAGUGUUCACCGCCUAACUAAAGUAUAGAUUUGAGCAUUCUUCGUUGUUCAAUGUGUGUGUGUGUGUGUAUUGACUUCGUGUGAAAGUGUUGUUGGCGACGAGAGUAGUGGCAGUUUUUUUUUUCGUUGUUUUUAAAAUAAAGAACAUUGUACUUA